GCGCGGGGCCGGGAGCACGCGCGGCACCGGCAGCCUCCCUGGGCCCGGACACCGCCCUCGUCCCCGCCUAGGCGGCCGCUCUCGCUGGCGUCGAGGGCGUGGCGGCGAGACUGUUGCCGCCGACCGCUCCUGGCUCUGCCCUCUGCCCCGCCCGCCGCCCACCAGGCUCCCGGAGGCCCCGCAGCUCGCCGCGCCUGGCUCCCCGCAGCCCGUCGAGCCGCCCGGGCCCAUCCGUCGCCCUCCCCGCUCCGGUCCUGCGGCACCGGGGCGUGCAGGUGAGGCCCCUGGGCGCCCGGCCUCUCCGGCAGUGGGUGCCUGAUAGACACCCUAGGAUUAUUCAGACGGAAAAGACCAGCUUUUGCAAAACAAUGCUGAGGGACACUAUGAAAUCCUGGAAUGAUAGCCAGUCAGAUCUGUGUAGCACUGACCAAGAAGAGGAAGAAGAGAUGAUUUUUGGUGAAAAUGAAGAUGAUUUGGAUGAGAUGAUGGAUUUAAGUGAUCUGCCUACCUCACUUUUUGCUUGCAGCGUCCAUGAAGCAGUGUUUGAGGCACAAGAGCAGAAGGAAAGAUUUGAAGCACUCUUCACCAUCUAUGAUGACCAAGUUACUUUUCAGCUGUUUAAAAGCUUUAGAAGAGUCAGAAUAAAUUUCAGCAAACCUGAAGCGGCAGCAAGGGCGCGAAUAGAACUCCACGAAACAGACUUCAAUGGGAAGAAGCUAAAGCUGUAUUUUGCACAGGUGCAGACAUCUGGCGAAGUGCGGGACAAGUCGUAUCUCCUGCCGCCCCAGCCGGUCAAGCAGUUCCUCAUCUCCCCUCCAGCCUCUCCUCCGGUGGGGUGGAAGCAGAGUGAAGACGCAAUGCCUGUUAUAAAUUAUGAUUUACUCUGUGCUGUUUCCAAACUGGGACCAGGAGAGAAGUACGAACUUCACGCGGGAACGGAGUCGACACCCAGCGUGGUGGUUCAUGUCUGUGAAAGUGAAACUGAAGAGGAAGAAGAAACCAAAAUCCCCAAACAGAAAAUUACCCAGACGAGGCGCCCCGACCCUCCAACCGCAGCACUGAAUGAGCCCCACACCUUCGAUUGUACGCUGUGAGGCCCUUGCUUGUGGUGCGAGGCGGCUGUCUUCGUGGGCUCCGGCCAUGGUGAUCUCUGCCUCGAGGCUGAUGUGUUGCUGUGAACAGCGUAGGUGAGACUUUGCAGAGUGAGGUUUAGGUCUUCUCACCACGCCUGGUGUAGAGUAGCAGCUGAUUUGACCCGUCCCAGAUUGUAAGUGAUAUUCCAAAUGGCACUUUACAUUAAAGGAAAAGCCCCCAAGAUGUGGCCACCCUGAACCAUUUUUAAAUAGUGACAGAUUAGGAAACCAGCUUCCUGCCCCUCCAGCCGGUUAAUUCCUCCUGCUUCUGUAUCUCAUGGGUUACCACAAACUGGAACUCUAGUCACACCCAGUACAGUACCCUUUUUAUGAAUUUAAAAAUAGUCUUACAAUUUUAAUCAUCGUCCGUGGGUAUUUUUGUACCGGUAUAAAUAGCUUCUAAUUAAUAAAUCGAUCAAAGGUUGUUAUUCUAUAUACAUGAAAUUUUUUGCAGGAAAAGAAACCUGAAAUACAGAAUAAUUUAUAGAAAUCAUGGUUCUCAAGUAUUUGUUUCAUUAGCUUUGGGUAAGAAAUGCCAAAUCCACUUUUAGGAUCAGUCUUAGGACACAGAUCCACCCACGUGUUGCCCUUACCUGGAAUUUGGGAUAAAGCAAUGGACAGGCCCCGUUCCUGAUGCGGCGCCCUCCAGGCAUGGCUGCCGGGGAAGGAUGGCUACUUUGGAAGUGGGACAUAUCACAAAUGAGCCUGAAUGAUUAGGAUUGCAGGUGGCUACUGCAUUGUGCUGUUCAUGACCGUGUUCUAGCCUCUAGACCACCCCACUACCUUCAUUCACCAGUUUUUAUCCUUCACCUUUGCCAAUGUCUAUCAUGUUAACCAUUAGUUCUCGAGUUUUUUGCUAUGAUGUGUAUACUUAUGUAUGUCAUUUAUAGACUUUCAACUAGAAAGGUCAUGAUAAGGUUUUCUGAAGACCAUUUGUAAAUUGUCCACUUAACCAUUUUUCAGCUUGCUUUGAAAGAAGUCACACCUACUAUUUUUCUAUUAAUUAGGCAAUGAGAGGGAGAUCAUUCAGUUUUACUUUGCUUUUUGUUGAAAUUUUUUACUCUGGAUUGCAGUUGGCGCUUUUCCUAAAACCAAAUUGUUCUCACUUCUGUGUCAGAAUGUAUAUUUGAAGCUCUCUAAGAAGCAGCGGGAUCUUUUUAACUCUUUCCGGUGUGUUUCGACUUUGAAGUCUCUUUUGUAGAAAAGUCUUGUAACUGAGAAGGCUUUGCCUUGGACCGGGUGGGUCUGCUGGCCUCUCCUCACUGUGCUGUUUCCUUUGUGUGGCACACGUGGGAAGCUCCCUGGCAUGUGAAGGAGAUGCAAACAUGAGAACUAGUGAACCAGUGUGGCUGCCACCACGAAGGAACAGAACACAGGCAUUCAAUGAUGAUGUCCGCACCGUGUGGUAACAUGUCAUUGUGGUUUAGUUCUCACUAUGGUAAAAUUUACUUCUGAGCACUUACACUGUGUUGCAUAUCCCCAAAUUCUUGUUUCUAUAUUUUCCUUGCCCUCAAAUACUCUUGAGGUGAUAAACCUUUCCAUUUGUAGCCAACUACCAUUGCUAAGCCUCCAUGUAAAUUCAGUUGAAAUUUGCAAUUCUAUCAGCAAUUAAUGUAUUGAAUGCAGAUCAUCAUUUGUCAUUUUAAUAAAUGUACUUUACAGUUCUGGACUCUGCUUUGUGCCCAUUUUUUGUUGCAAGGUGGACCCUGUAUGUCAGGAGACAUGUAUUGUCAACAAUUGGGAAUUUUUUAAAUUUCCUUUUAGGUAAUAGUUACUCACUGUAAUUUUCUAAGUGAUCAAACUCCAUGUUUUCUUAUUUGGCUUGGCUUUCAUUCUCUGCCUGCCAAUUAAACAAUAUUCUAUUCUUGGCCAGGCAUGGUGGUUCAAGCCUGUAAUCCCAGCACUGUGGGAGGCUGAGGAGGGCGGAUCACCAGAGGACAGAAGUUUGAGGUCAGCCUGGCUAACAUGGUGAAACCCUGUCUCUUCUAAAUAUACAAAAUCAGCUGGGCGUGGUGGCACGCGCCUGUAAUCCCAGCUACUAAGGAGGUGAAGGCAGAAGAAUCCUUUGAACCUGGGAGGCGGAGGUUGCAGUGAGCUGAGAUCAUGCCACUGCACUCCAGCCUGGGUGACAAAGUGAGACUUGGUCUCAAAAAAAAGAAGAAUAUUAUUUCUAACACAUGAGACUUUAUACUCAAGCAGUGCAAAUUACCCAGUGGUUUUCUAUUUUUCUGUUUUUGAGGGCAUUGAAUAAACUGAAGAAAACUUUAAACCAAAAUUAGAGAGAGAGAGUCAUUUAAACUUUUCUGAAUGGAAAACAUUAAUAUUUUCAUUUUUCUAGUAUAAUGUAAUAAAGUGAAUUCUAAAAAAAAAAGCUACUAAGUACCCAUCAACUUUUUCAUACUGUGAAAUGAACCAGGAUCUUAACAGUCCUAUCAUCUCUGGGUUUUUGGCUGUUUAAUAUCCAGUUCAUGUAACCAGUCUACAAGAGACAAAUCUCAUUUUUGUUGUUGUUGUUGUUGUUCUUUUAAUAAGCUUUUCUACAUUACUAAUUGAGUUAUUUAUUCAGCCUUGAUAGGCCAGGCAUGGUGGCUCAUACCAUAAUCCCAGCACUUUGGGAGGCUGAGGCGGGUGGAUCACCUGAGGUCAGGAGUUCGAGGCCAGUGACCAACAAGGAGAAACCCUGUCUCUACUAAAAAUAUACAAAAUUAGCCAGGUGUGGUGGCGCAUGCCUGUAAUCUCACCUACUUGGGAGGCUAUGGCAGGAGAAUUGCUUGAACCCAGGAGACGGAGGUUACAGUGAGCCAAGAUCAUGCCAUUGUACUCCAGCCUGGGCAACAAGAGUGAAACACUGUCUCCAAAAAAAAAAAAAAAAAAAAAUUUACUCUGAUAGUAUAGUAGCCAUAUUUUCUUUAGAAAUUAUAACCUCUUCAUGGGAAUCAAACUGUGUAGAAAAUUGUGAGGAAAGAUAAUGGUAUUUUAUGUUGGGAAAAACAUUUGUGAAGGAUGAGAAAACCGUAACACUUAACAAGGAUAGUCAAAGAACCUGCACUGCAUUGGCUCUUACGUUCUGAUUUUUUUUUAGUACAUCCACUUGAUGAAACCUAAGAUAAAUCCAUGUAAAAACUGUACAGGUGAGCAUCUCUGAGGUUUAAGGUACUCUGAGGCAGAAAUGGAUAAGAACAGUUCCAUUGCCUUCGAGAACUAAAAAUCAUCGGGAAAGCAAAUUAAUCUUUUCACAUUCUGCUUCUUCAAAAUGUUAUGCUCAAAAACAUAUCAGUAAGGAAGAACCAAAGCAAAGCUUCAAGAAGUUCAACAUAAGGGUUUAAAUAAAACAUUGUAGUCAUUUACGGAAUGUUUGAAAUGAAGAGAUACCAGGAGAUAGAGGUGAAGUGCAGUACUUUUAUUCUUUAGAAUAUAGUCUUUAGCCAGGUGCAAUGGUGCGUGCCUGUAGUCUCAGCUAUUUGGGAGGCUGAGACGAGAGGAUCACUUGAGUUCAGAAGUUCAAGACCAGCUGGGACAACAUAGCAAGUCCCUGGCUUUAAAAAAAAAAAUUAUUUCCCAUUCAUAUUAUUAAUUCCAUCUGCAGGGGCUCAUGCCUGUAAUCCUAAUACUUUGGGAGGCCAAGGCAGGCAGAUUGCCUAAGCUCAGGAGUUCGAGACCAGCCUAAGUAACAUGGUGAAACCUCAUCUCUGCUAAAAUACAAAAAAAAAAUUAGUCGGCUGUGGUGGCGUGUACCUGUAGUCCCAGCUACUCAGGAGGCUGAGGCAGGAGAAUUGCUUAAACCCAGGAGGUGGAGGUUGCAGUGAGUCAAGAUCAUGCCACUGCACUCCAGCCUGGGCGACAGAGUGAGACUCUUUAAAGAAAAAAAAAGUCAUGAUUACAAAGUGAAAAGAUUUGCCUUUCUUAGAGGUUCAGUCACAGAGGUGAAAGUGCCUUUGGAAAUCAUAUACUCUAUUCCUGUGUUACACAGAUUAGAAAAACUGAGGUUAAUGUACUGACUUAGGCACCCUAGCAAGUCAACCCAGGGACUAGAACUGGCCAUCCCAACUCCUGGGCUAGUGCUUUUUCUACCUUUUUUUUUUUUUUUUUUUUUGCAUUGGCCUCUUAAAGAGGCAGUGAAUACUAAUUCCUGUCAUGGAGGUGGAGGGGAGGCAUGAAGUGGGAGGAUUCUUUUUUCCCCAAUGGGAAACAGUGAAUAAGACAAGUCUCAUCAUGUGAUGGAAGAGGUGACUUAGUAAUAUUAGUUAAUGAAUUUGAUGUCCCAUAUUUUGUGGUUUUGUUCUCAUUGAAACAUUGGCGUUGGAAUCUGCCUAAAUAACUUUAUCUUGAUAGCCAGCAAUUAUGCUGGCAUUUUAUGUGGGCUUUCCUAGAUUUUCAUAUUAAUGAAAUUAUUAUUAAUAGUCAUACUUAAGAUGUAACUCUACUGAACUAGAAUGAGAUCUGAUAUGAUGUGGAAAUAAAAGAGUUUGCAGUGGAAUGAUACUCUCACUCGGUGCUUGUCAAAUUGAGUUCCAUUCAAGACUGACCUGCUAUGACUAACCUAUCCAAGGCUUCAUGUUUUUAUAUGGACUAUUUCAUAGACCAUAGAUUUAUUUUAAGAGGGAAUAUCUCAGACAUAAUUAAGCAAUGGGAAUUGUACCCAGUCCUAUGGUGCCUCAGGUCCUCUGCCUACUGGGUUUCUCCCCUUCCUACAGAGCUGUGGAUCUUGUACGUACCUUAUGGGUGAACUUGGUCCAUCUUUCCUUCUUCCUUUUUUGUACAUUUGCAUUUAUAUCUUCCUGUACUAAAAGACACAAAUUAUUUAUAAUUGGGAUAACAACAUAAAGGAACAAAAGAUGGGGAAAUAGGCUGGGCGCGGUGGCUCACGCCUGUAAUCCCAACACUUUAGGAGGCUAAGGUGGGUGGAUUAUGAAGUCAGGAGUUCGAGACCAGCCUAACUAAUGUGGUGAAACCCCGUCUCUACUAAAAAAUACAAAAAUUAGCCAGGCAUGAUGGCAUGUGCCUUUAAUCCCAGCUACUCAGGAGGCUGAAGCAGGACAAUCACUUGAACCUGGGAGGCAGAGGUGGCAGUGAGCUGAGCUCAUGCCAUUGCACUCCAGCCUGGGUGACAGAGUGAGACUCCAUCUCAAAAAAAAAAGUUAAAAAAAAUGGGGAAAUAGUUGCUUCCUAGCUGGGACAAUAAGUCCAUGUUAUAGAAACCCACUAUUUAAAAAGUUAAAAAAAAUUUAAAGAAUAAGAUUGAUGACGUCGUCCUACAAUUCGCUAAAUACUUUUGUCUUUUAAGCUUCCCUUGGUGUAUGGAUCAGCCCGAACAUCUUCGUCAGAAUGCCAUUGUUUAAUUGUGAAUCGGGAAAAUGUGAAUCAUUUGGAGACUGUUUUCUUAUGACCAAAUGUACAAUCAGUAAGACAACUGAAAGCAACAACCGCUGGGUUCACUGACAAAGAUCAUAAAAAUCAUCAUGUUCAAAGGAGAGUUUUUGGCCAAGGUUAAGAAUAACUAACCUGGGGCUGAGUCAGUGUCUCUGCGCACCUCAGUAACAGUUUAAAGAUCUUUCCCUAAAUUCGUUCUGUGGUCUGUCAUUUUGACGGAAAUCUGUAUUUCCUUUUGAAACAGAAUCAUAUCCUGCAAAGUGUUGGCACUCCUGCAUAGCUUUGACUGACUGAAUGUUCACGCCCAUCAUAAUGGCGGAUUUCUAUCUAUGCAGAUAAUAUGUUUUUUAAUAUUGUUUUCUGUUGAGUCCCCAAUUUUCCUAACUCAAACUGGGGACUGAGGAGAGAGAAAGGGGGCUAUCCCUGUAAAUGUGCCAUAUUCUUCAUGCUGCUUUUCAACCCCACGUGAGUAUUAAUGGUCAGUUCUGCUAUAAUGUAUGUGUCCUUCAAGUUUCAGAAAACUUUCCCAAUAAUUUCACUGCAAUCUUAAUUGAACCCAAGAGUUGAAGUUAUUUUCUCUGAACGUUUGUGAUCUGUUAGAUUUGGGGCAUGUUAUCUUUAUGGUUACUAUAAGCUGUAGUGCAUACUCUUUGUAUUGCAAAACACUGGGCAGAAUUUGUGUAUAUGUAUUCCAUAUUUUAGUGUGUUUGGAGUGAGAAUCCAUAGUUCGUAGUAGUUUGUUAUUUGUCAACUUUAACUCCCCUGUGUUUUAAGGACAUUUAAACAUUCCUUGUCUUCUCAAGGUGACAAAGCAGAAUGUAAUUUUUCUUUUUGGAAGCUUCGUGAUGACCUAUAACAAGUUCUGUUUUUAAAACAAAUACAAAUAAAGUUAGUUUUUUAAAUCA